AACAGCUUCAGGUCACGAAGACCAGCCGAGCAUUCCGUCGAGACCCAGACCGCAAAAUGCAGGUACAACAGUCCACGUUGCUUCGUGAGGAUUGUUAUUUGCUCGAUACCACAGGCACCGCAAUGGAGGUGGUGCGACUCGUACAGAGUGGCGGAUUACUCUGCUAAGCUUCACCAAGCUAAGGAGGAAGCUCACCAAAAUUCCCAGAUCGGAGGACCUGCUGUCCCUCGGAUUUACCACGUGCGGUCAUGACGCACGCAGACAAAACUCGCAGCUGAUGGAGCAGAAAGCUAUGAGCUUGCUGGAUAGCUCCCCAAGCUCGGUGUGAGGGUACAAAAGGGUUUGUGUCCGCCGGAUGUUGCACGUCUCCUCCGACUCUCUUUUCCUUCCCAGGCAGGGCAGGCCAGAUCUCAGAACUUCCGGUUACAGCCUCGACUUCUCCUAGAAAAAUGCGCGCGACGACGGGUUCUCUGGCCAUGAUGGCCUUAGCUGCGGAUAUUGCUGGGGCGGUCCCUGUCCACAAGCCUCGAUGGCAACACCCGGCGCAGGACGACUACUACAUCUCCCUCGGGCCGCGCCCUUACUACCUCAUCCAGAACAUGACCGACGGCCCGCUCAAGCAGAAGCUCGAGUCCUGCUACAACGGGCCCUUCGAGGUCACGACCUGGAGCAUCGGCCAUCGAGGCGGCGGCACGCUUCAGUUUCCCGAAGAGUCGGUCGAAUCCACCAUGGCCGGGGCGCGAAUGGGCGCCGGGAUCCUCGAGUGCGACGUGUCCUUCACGUCGGACCUGGGCCUGGUGUGCAGACACUCGCUGUGCGACCUGCACACGACGACCGACAUCCUGCUCCGGCCGGAGCUGGCGGCGAAGUGCACGGUGCCCUUCACGCCGGCGAACGAGACGGCCGACGCCAACGCGCUGUGUUGCACCAGCGACAUCACCGAGGCCGAGUACACGACGCUGUGCAGCAAGAUGGACGGGUUCAACGCCUCGGCGACCACGCCCGAGGACUACCAGCACGGCACGCCGUCGUUCCGGACGGACCUUUACAACACGUGCGCGCAGGUGAUGACGCUCGAGAGCUACAUCGACUUGGUGGAGUCGCUGCCGGGGUACCGCAACUUCACGCCGGAGCUAAAGACGCCGCCGUCCCAGGUCCCCAUGCCGUUCCACGGGUACACGCAGGCGCAGUACGCACGCGACAUGCUCGACACGUUCAUCCGCAAGGGCAUCUCGCAUGAGCGCGUGUGGCCGCAGUCGUUCAACCCGGCCGACAUCUACCUGUGGCUGAACGAGUACCCUGCGUGGGGGGCGCAGGCCGUGUUCCUCGACGAGGACGGCGACGUGGCGUCCAACUUUUCCACCGCUGUGGCCCGCCUGCCUGCCCUCAAGGCCAGCGGCGUGAACAUAAUUUCCCCGCCAUAUAACUAUUUGUUGGAUCGAGGCGGCCCCGACAAUAACACUAUCGUCCCCUCCAUCUACGCGACCACCGCCAUGGCCGCCGGGCUCGACAUCAUCGCCUGGUCGUUCGAGCGCUCCGGCCCGCUCGACCAGGUCCGCGCCGACGCCGACUACUACUGGUCCUCGAUCGCCGAUAUCAUCUCCUACGACGGCCAGGAGUACGAAGCCCUCGACGUCCUGGCCCGCCAGAUCGGCGUCAAGGCCAUGUUCUCCGACUGGUCCGCCACCGUCACCUACUACGCCAACUGCAUGGGCCUGAAGGGGCCAGGACAUUAUUGAACUCUCCCCCUCCGGAUGGACGGCCUAGUUGGAGCCCCCGUCCCGACUGAGGCCGCUUAGAGUCCCUAGACAUUGAAACAUCAUGGGUCAGUUCUAAGGGUUGCAUUGCCGGAGAGGGCGAGCUAUAACGCGUAACGAGCAGAGUAAUUAGAUGGUGCGCAGAACAAGAACGUGUACAUACGUAGUAUCCAUAGUCUCUGGACAUACAUAUACAAAUUGGCAAUUCGUUGAAUACCUAGGUACAUU